GUCUCAGCCACAAUGCGGCAGUGAGCAUGCUCAGAGUGCUGAUCGUUACCAUGGCGAUAUUUGGCGGUGGCCAGACGUGUGGCGGUCAGGACAACUGCUCGGCUAACAGCGAGUCCAAAGAUUACUGUUACUCUGCUCGUAUUCGCAGCACGGUGCUGCAGGGCCUGCCGUUCGGAGGAGUGCCCACCGUGCUCGCCCUCGACUUCAUGUGCUUCCUGGUGCUGCUUUUUGUCUUUUCUAUUCUGCGGAAAGUUGCCUGGGACUAUGGCCGCCUGGCACUGGUCACCGACGCCGACAGGUAA